AUGAUUCGACAGACGUACAUCACCGCUUUUAUAACAGCUUGUUUGGUUACUGGCUCUCAAGCCGGUCCCUGUAAACCUAGCUCCAGGACAACUGAAGGCCUUACGGAUACCACAAGCGAUGUCCCGACCACUGUCGGCUCCACAACUGUAUCCAGCUUCGGCGAAACCACUACGGUCGCAUCCUCCUUCACUUAUCUCUCAAACGAAGAAUCGAGUAUCAUUAUCACGGAGUCCGUAAGCAACACAGAGACGCUUGUAGACCCCGAAGAAACGUCUACCACUGCCCUGUCAACAAUGGAAGACAACACGACGACCGAAAUUGCCACGACGACUGAAACUGCAACCACUACCGCCGCGACGACUGCAUCGGAGGCUACAUCGGCUAUACCUUUCAUCAGCAAUGCUGGAUUCGACGAUGACGAUUCAUCUGUCGCGCCUUGGGAACUCUACUACGUUGACGAGUUUGACAUAUCCAUCGCCUCUGAUGUCAAGCAUGACGGACGCAAUUCUGCUCUCAUGGCAAAAAGCCUAGGGGGGAGACUACCCACAGAGUACAUCAGACAGCCGCUCCAGGGCUCCAUCACUGCUGGUGUCACCUAUACCAUGUCCGCUUGGGUCAAUGCAAACUCCCUCUGUCCUGCUGUUACGCUCAUAUGCUCAUAUCAAAGCAACGCUUGGACGGAUGCCACGCCCAUUGAUCUCACCUCAAGUGUAGACCAGUGGAAGUAUGUUUCUUCGACUUGCACCUACACGCAAGAGCAAAUCGACUCUGGGGGCUUGUAUUUUAUGAUAGGGGUGACUUGUGCUGCUUACCCAGGCAAAGCUUAUGUAGAUACUGUGGACUUCUCGGCCUAAGACGUUGAAUUGGAUUCAUUGAGGCAUGUCGAAGUAUAGUAUGUGUAUAAUAGAAAUUCAAAGAAAUCUGCUUUUUGAUCGGGCGUCCUGC